UUCUCUCAUUCCCACUCAUAUGCCCUGCUGUAACUUUGUGUUAGAUAUUUUUCAUUGUGCUCUUCUCAUCCAUUAUUUUGUCUUUGAAUUGUUCUCUCUCUUUCCCCAAACUUCUCCUCUCAUCCCCAACCACUCGUGAAGCUUUAUCUAGGAUCACCCUCAUCUCUAAAUCCAAGCUUCUCUCUAGAGUUAGAGGCUUUGUUUUGGGGAGCUUGAAUCCAGAAAGAGAGAGAGGGAGGGAGGGAGAGAGAAAGAGAGAUGAAGAAUUUGAUGGCCAUCUUAGGGCAGGUGAUGGUGCAUCUCUCUCUAUCGGGAAUGUACUUGUGGCUUAAAGCUUCAUGGUCUUGCUAUUUAUACUGAGAGUACAUAGAGAGAGAGAGAGAGAGAGAGAGAGAGAGAGAGAGAGAGAGAGAGAGAGAGAGAGAGAGAGAGAUGGAGAACUUGAUGGUCAUCUUAGCGCAGUUCAUGGUCCAGCUUUCUCUAUCAGGCAUGUACCUCAUUACAAAGGUGGCAUUCGAUCAUGGCAUGAACCAUCUACUUUUCAUAACCUAUCGAACCAUUAUAGCCACCCUUAUCUUGGCUCCAUGUGCUUACAUCUUUGAAAGGGAAAAAUGGCCUCCUCUCUCCUUGAAAGAAGUUUCCAAGGUUUCGCUGCUUGCUUUUAUCGGGAUUGCGGUCUCUCAAAAUUGUUACUUCGCUGGCCUUUAUUACACUUCCUCCACCUUUGUGUCUUCUCUAUCUAAUCUCAUUCCUGUGAUUACCUUUGCCUUGGCCUUUCUCCUUAGGUUGGAGGUUGUGGACAUGAGGAGCCCAAGAGGGCAAGCAAAAGUUGUAGGCACGGGCACAUGUGUAGGGGGGACCCUAAUCUUGACACUCUUGAAGGGUCCUGCCCUUAAAAUCUUUAAGGGCCUUAAGAAACCAACAUCUCUUCUAUUACUUUUGUCUACACUUCAGGCCCUUACAAACACAAGUAAUUGGGCGUUGGGCUCUGUACUGAUUUUGUGUAGUGUUAGCGCAUGGGCGGGAUGGAUAAAUUACCAGGCGUGGGCGUUCAAGGACCAUCCGGCACCAAUAUCAUUGACUUCGAUGACAUGCUUUUUUGGCUGUAUUCAAUGUGUUAUACUCUCUCUCAUUUUUGCACACCCCAAUGAUUGGAGACUAGGAUGGGACUUUAAGCUCUUUGCCUAUGCCUACAGUGGAGCAUUUUGUACGGCCUUCCAAUUCUUUAUUCAGAGUUGGUGCAUCAAGAAGAAGGGUCCACUCUUUGCGGCUGCAUUCUAUCCUGUGGGCACCCUCAUCGUUGCCAUGCUCGAGCCCAUAUUUUUUCACAUUGACAUUUAUAUGGGAAGUUUGGUGGGUAUGGUUUUGAUAAUUGGUGGGCUUUAUUGCGUAUUAUGGGGCAAAGCCAAGGAUGUGGUGGCAGGGCCAAACAAGGCCCAAGAGGCAGUUGAAUCAAGUAUUUCAAGCAAUGCUACUCAUGAAUGCCAUGUGGGUAUAAAAGAGCCCUUGUUGAGACAUAGUGGCAGACAUAGUGAAGCAUCUGACUGCCAAAAUGUUUGCACAACAAACGUAGAUUCACUUCUCAAUGGGAACGAUGUGGGGCUAAUUUCAGUUUUCCCUUGUGAACGUUUAUUGACAUAA